CACGCGUCCCCCAUCCCGCAACAACGGCCGACCCUCUGGCCACCAAACACAACCCGCCGACGGCACCCUACGCCUCCGAGAGGCACGCCAGGUCAGCCUUUGCAGGCCACAUGGACCUUCUCAAGGGCCCCUCGACCUGACUGCUUCUCCUCGAUUCUGACGACAGCUCACCACCUCCCUGAUUCGGGCUGACAGACUGCCACUCGCCCUCAAACAGCGGCCAACCAGGCCACCCGCCGCCUGCGACAAUGGCACCCCCAUCGGUCAUGGCCCGUAUACUCUCUGUGCUCAUGCCGCUUGCGAUACUACUCUCGCCUGCUGCCGCCGACCGUGACUACCACGAGCAGCUCGACCUCAAACCCCUGGCCGGCUCGUCCCUGCUCGCCAGCUUCAACUUCCGCUCAAACACCUCCCUCACCGACUUUGACGCUCACAAUUACCGCUAUUUCCCCCGCUCCCUCGGCCAGCUGCUUCAGCAUGUCGGUACCCGCGAAUUGCACCUGCGCUUCGCCCUCGGCCGCUGGGACGCAGAGAGCUGGGGCGCCAGGCCCUGGCACGGCACAAAGGAGGGGGGCACCGGUGUAGAGCUUUGGGCGUGGCUCGAUGCGCAGACUGAGGAAGAGGCCGACCACAAAUGGCUGACACUGACCAACGCCUUGUCUGGCCUCUUCUGCGCCUCCCUCAACUUCAUCGACGAGACCAGGACGACCCGGCCCGUCAUGUCCUUCCAGCCCGAAGGUGACCACUCGCCAGAGGCCAUGCAGAACAUGCACCUCCUCCACGGAGUGCUGCCUCGAGAGAUUGUCUGCACCGAAAACCUCACCCCGUUCCUAAAGCUGCUCCCUUGCAAGGGCAAAGCCGGAGUGUCGUCGCUGCUUAGCGGCCACAAGAUGUUUGAUGCCUCUUGGCAGAGCAUGGCCAUUGACGUCCGGCCGAUCUGCCCGGCUGGCCAGGAGUGUGUUCUGCAGGUCGAGCAGACCAUUGACAUGGUUCUCGACAUUGAGCGGUCCAAGAGACCGACUGUCAACCCGAUUCCGCGACCUCCUCCAGCUCACGAGAUGAGGUGCAAUGCCUCCAAGCCCUAUAACUCUGGCGACGCCUGCUUCCCGGCGCCUGUGGACCAGGGUAUUGAAUGGAGCCUGCAUCAGGUGUUCGGCAAAAGCAUCCAGGGCACUUGCCCCCUGACCGACCCGGAGGUACCACCUGUCUGCAUUGAAGUGCCCGACCGGCGCAGCAUCUUCAUGACAAUGGGCGGUGCCAGGGAGGUGAAGCAGAAUGGCCUGCAAAAGCGGUGCUACUUCUUCCCCUCAGAGGGCGCCUUCUCACUAGUCCUCCCGGCGCUACCAUAUGAAGGCCCUGACGCCAUGACACCUGCGGACGAGAUUGUGCAGCCAGAGACGCCACUUCUGUAUGCCGAACGGACGUUCACCGGCUACGGACAGGAACGUGGAGGCGUGCAGACCAUCCUGACCAACCCCAGCCCCGACAGCUCCGUCGAGUUUGUCUACAUGCAGACGUUGCCGUGGUUCAUGCGCAUUUACCUACACACCCUCGAGGCCCGGAUCAACGGACAGCCAGGCAUCAGAAACGACAUUGUGGAAGAGAUCUAUUACCGCCCGGCGCUGGACCGAAUCCGCGCCACCCAGCUCGAGCUGCGCAUGCGCAUCCCGCCCGCGAGCACAGUCUUCCUGACCUACGACUUUGAGAAGACCAUUCUGCGGUACACCGAGUACCCGCCGGACGCCAACCGUGGGUUCGACAUUGCCUCUGGCAUCAUCACGAUCCUGCCGUCGUCCGCGCCCGGCUCCAGGACGUCGAAUCUGAGGACGACGAGCCUGAUGCUGAGUCUGCCGACGCCCGACUUUAGCAUGCCUUACAAUGUCAUCAUCUUCACGAGCACGGCCAUCGCGCUGGCGUUUGGUGGCUUGUACAACAUCCUUGUCCGGCGGUUCGUGGGCGCCGAUGAAGCGGGCGAGGCUGCCCUGGGUGGGCUGAAGGGCAAGAUUGCCGGCCUGGUGGGCAAGCUGCGGGAGAAGAUCAAGGGGCUGAAGGCUGCUUCUGCUGCUGCUGAUGCCAAAGGCAAGGCGGAUUGAUCCGGAGAAAAAAAACACGAAUUAUAGAGUUAUGAGCGUAGCAAUCACAGUUUGCGAUAGCGAUACCAAUCGAUGCAUGAAAUGGCAGAAUGUAAUUGAAUGAACGUCUUUGUCGUCAAAAGUGGAGGAAUGAGCCUCGUGUGUUUCUGUUGGUGGGCUCAUCGUGUCUUUCACUUUCGUCCUGCCACGAUCAUUGUUUUCUUUCUUCCUUUCUUUGGGUCAUAACGACAUACAAACCAAC